AAACUGACUAGCAUUAGGGAAGCAUUGCUGUUCAGCAGUACUGAUUGAAGAAAAAACCUGAAGAGACUGUCAGUCUUAUUCCAGUUGUGUGAAUGAAGAAUGAACGAUGGAGGAGGACCGUGGUUAUGUGGACAAUUCUUUUAUAAGAGCAGGAGAUUCACGGUCAUCUGGAUUAAACAUCAACAUGCAUGUAGGAUCGGGUGCUCGGGUGUUCGCACCGAUUUUGUCGAAUGUACAGGCAAGGGACGUGACGUUCGCAAAAAAUGAUGGUGGUGCAAGCCUUUCUGGAGGUGAGAUAGAUAUAACUUCUGUGAUUGCAAAAUACAAGAAGUCACUGGUGGCUGAGCAUGCAUGCAUUAGGGAAUAUACCUCCCUUCCUGGUCAACAUGUGCAGCUUUUAGAUCGUUAUGUGGAUCCACUCAUCAUCCAGAGACAUAAGGAGAAGAAAGAGAAAAAAAAAGAGAUUUGUUCCAAAGGAGAAGAUUUCCACCAUGCCAGAACCCACCAUACAGACCACCAUAUUACUGUUGACAAGCUGUUCAGUCAAGAGGAUAGCCCAAACAGCAUGCGUCCAAAAGCUGUUAUUCUCCAAGGCAACUCUGGAAGUGGAAAGUCUUUCACAGCACAAAAGAUCCUUUACGACUGGGCGAAUGGAAAUCUCUUUGCAGGAAUCUUUGAUGUAGUCUUUCAUCUGAGAUGCUCAGAGCUCAAUGAUAUUGCUGGAGACAUAAGUCUGGUGGAGCUUCUGAACUGCAGUGAGGAAAUGGCUCAGAUCUUAAAGAAAACACCAGAGAGAGUACUUUUCUUGCUUGAUGGGUUCGAUGAACUCAGGCUUUCACUGCCUAAAAAGCCAUUGCCUGUCAAAGCAGACAUCAAAGCCGGGCUUGGUGCUGUUCUAAGCUCCCUUCUGAGGGGAUGCAUGUUGAACGAGUCCUUUCUGCUGGUGACCACAAGGUCAGUAGCGGCUGAAAAACUGGGAAAGCUACUCAAGCAUCCACAGCGCUUCACUGAGAUCAUGGGCUUCUCUGAGAACGGGAUACAACAGUACUUUCAAAUGUUCUUCAAGCAUGAUGGGCGUUCCAGACAAGUUUAUGGCCAAGUUAAGGCAAAUGGAACACUUUACUCAGCCUGUUCCAGUCCAGUCAUGUGCUGGCUUAUCUGCAGUGUCUUUAAGGAAAAGAGCAAAAUGAGUAAAAGGAUGACACGUGGAUUCAGAAGUACCACCUCCAUAUUUGUUGAUUUUGUGUUUAUUCUGCUGGAGCAUCAUUGCCAAGGCUUAACUGAAUCUCAACAGCGUGACCUGCUGAAGGACCUUGGCCAACUAGCGCAUAAAGGUAUUCUUAAAGGCAGAGUUCUGUUCCAGAGAAACCAAGUGCCUGAGACGAUUUUAAAUGUCUUAGAUUCGACCAGAAUUCCCUUCCUCUGCACCUUUCAUUGCAAAGACAGAAUAAAUGUGAAGGAAAUGUUUUCUUUUAUGCAUCUCAGCUUUCAGGAGUUCUUUGCUGCGCUCUUGUACACUUUCCUUGAUGAAACAGAGGCCAAGCUAAAAUUAGAAAAGCUGCUUACUGAUUCAUUGCAGGGUGGUUAUCAUUGCUUACCUAUUGUCCAGUUUCUUUUUGGUCUCUCUAACAAGGCAGUGAAGUCCUUACUCAUGGAGAAGCAUCAACAGGCAGUGUCUUGUACCACAUGUGCCCAGCUGCAAGAAUGGCUCUACAAAUUUGUCUCACGAAAACUCAACAUGCAGUUGAGCAGUUUUACUCUUCAGUGCUUGUGUGAGGUCAACGACAAGUACAUUGUGGAAAAAGCUAUGAAGAUUUGGGAAACAAAUGGAGUUGAAAUUCAACUGAGUUCUUCAGAUAUGACAGAUUACCAUGCAGCAGCACAGUGUCUGCAAUUCUGUCGACGUAUCAGAAGCCUGAAAUUGCAAGGAAGUACAGUGGAGAAUCUAAAAAUGCUUCACACAACAUUGAACAAAUGUGAUAAACUACACUUAAGUGUCAGCUAUGUGUCAGAUAUUGAUGUUGCUGAUCUGAUCUCAGCUGUGGGAAAAGGAAAAGACCUUCAGUGUCUGAGUGUAGAAGAUGGUGAUCUCUCUGACCAAAGUGUGAAGGGGAUCAUGAGCGCACUGCGCAAACGCAAAUCAGUGAAUAGCGUUCAUCUAUCAGUGAAGACAAUCAAUUACACCAAUGCUGAAAUCUUCAUGAACAUUGUUGAGAGUAACUUGGUUUCAAACAACCUCAGUGUGGCUACAAACUGCAGGAACAGUGAAGAGAACAUCUGCUCAGAUCUUGAACUGUCAGGUCCAGAUAUGUUUCACAGAAUAUAUGUUUGUCACCCAAGUUGGAAUACAUAUGACUUGCACAUUGAUUCUGGGAAAUCUGGACAGACUUUCAAGUCCAUCUGCCUCAGCUGUGGUGACUUUAAACGAGUGAUGUCACCCUCUGAGUGGAGGAAGUUCCUUCAGAUAUCAAGUAAUCUAAAACAAAUUGAAAAUCAUGAGUUCCAUGGGCAUAUGGAAGAAUUAGUGUCUUUCCUUAAAUCUGGGCCUGAAUCCUGGCCUACGGUGCACCUUGAUGCCAAGAGCUUGAGUCAGAAGUGUGCUGCAAAGAUCCUUUCAUUCUGCCAUGCCACACCUGCAUUAAACUCUGGAUUUGACAGUUGUUGGUUUAAUGUGGAAAGUCUCAAGGGCAUGGAUGAAGAGGACAUCUGCUCUCUGUCAUUGCAAACACACUGCUCAAUUUCCAUUUUAGAUGGUGUUCUCUGCUUGGAUUUGAAAGCACAUGCUUGGAGUCCUCACACAACACAGAGCACGGAGUCCACACCAGUACUGCGGGAAAUCUCACUUAGAUUUCCAGUCAUUUCAGAAGGGGCCAAUGUGGAUUGGGAGGAUCUUCUCAGAAGGCUCUGCCAGAUGAGGAAGUCCCUGGAAAGGCAAGUGCGAUGUGCCCAAUGA